UUGACGUUUUGCGAGUUGUUACGAUUUACGAAUGCGAUUGCGUUGCUGAAUUAGAAAUUUUCAAAUAUUUUCAUUGUUGUGCCGAUAAUCGUAUAUAAACUAUACCAAAAAAUAUAUUUCAAAAUGAGUGAGGCUGUAAAUAUUGAACUAUCUGGAGAAAUGAAUGCAACAACGGAAAAGAGAGGUUUACAAAAGUAUGUCAAUGAAGUUGAAUUAUUACUGCAGCAUGUUCGCAAUGGAGCGGGUCCUGCUAUCAUCAUGGGACUGCUGGCCACUCGGCGGCCGUGGACUCAGUUUGUGGCUACUGACAACUUCAAGGUGCCGGCGUCGCUGCCGCGGCUGACGCGCCGCUUCUACCGCAACGUGGAGUACUUCCAGGCCAACUACCUCGUCGUGUUCCUGAUACUCUUCGCUUAUUGUUUAAUAACAUCUCCACUGCUGUUGAUUGCCAUGGUGGCCAGCUUCUUCGGGUACCGCAAACUCACCUCAGGACCCAACACAUGGAAGAUCGGGGGGUACGAGCUGACAAAGACGCACCAGUACCUGGUGGCGGCCGCGGGCUCCAUGGCCAUCUGCUGGCUGGCCGGCGCGGGCGCCGUGCUGUUCUGGGUGCUAGGCGCAACAGUGACAGUGGUAGCCCUCCACGCCGGCUUCUACGACGCAGAGGCGCUCCCAGUGGCCGACGACCAGGAGCGGUUCGCCAUGAUCGAGCAGGUCUGACAGACGCCCCUGCCGCUGUACCUGCCGCCCCCGGCCCGCCUGUCGCCGCCCCCGGGCCGAAUGUUGCCGCCCCCGGGCCGACUGGAGCCGCCCCUGCCGCUGGUGCACGACAUGGCAACGAGGCACGGGAUUUAGAUGUUACGGGCUAUAUAGGGGAGGUGGAUAAAGCGGUGUGGUAAACGGAAAGGCGGUGACUCAGGGGGUCAUUGUGCACUACUUUUGGUAAUUCGUCUAAAAAGUUUCUGCUGCCUUUACUAAAGUUUUGUGAAUAAAAAAUAUCGCGAAUUUCGUGGUCCGGAGUCACCCCUUUCCACUUACUACUUAUACCACUUUUGCAACAGUCUAUAGCAGGGCUGUUAAAAAUCUUUGGGGCGGACGGCGACACAACGGCGCGGCGGCAGCGUUUAAAAUUCUGUCUCUAAGAUUUGUGAUGUGUACCUAAUAAUUGUAUUGUACUAAUGUUAGAUUAUUUCUGAAUAUAAUA